AUGUAUGAAAAUCACUUAAUUACGUGUCAUGCAAACAAAGACUUUUCGGAAGAAGAAAACUUAUCGCAAUUGCUUGAAUCCUUUUGGGAAUCUGAAGAAAUCCCACUUUCCAUCUCUAAUAGCUCAAUUCAUCCUGCAGAAACUAACUUCUUACAGUCAGUAAAAAUUCUUGAUUCAGGUAGAUAUCAAGUGUCUCUAAACUUUAAAGAAAUAGUCGAUGACUUAAACGUCGGUAAUUCUCUCUCUGUAGCAAAAAGUAGAUUUUUUCAAUUAGAAAAAAAACUCCACUCGAACCUUGGUCUAUUUGAAGGGUAUAAAAAAAUGAUUGAUGAUUAUUUAACAAAUAAUCAAAUUAAACAAGUUCCGUUGGCUAUUAGAACUCCUCAAAAUAAGGAAAAUUAUUUUCUUCCACACUUUCCAGUACUCAAAGACAAUUCCUCUAGUAUUCGAGUAGUAUUUGAUCCCAAUAGUUCUAGUUCUACAAAUUUUUCUCUAAAUAAAGUAUUAGACAAAGGUUUUGUUUGCCAACCAGAUCUGUUUCAAAUUCUCGUUAGAUUUCGUACCUUCCGCCAAUCACUAACCUGCGACAUAAAGGCUAUGUACAUGCAAAUUAGUGUUUCUGAAAAGGAUAGACAUUUGCUCAAUUUCCUGUGGCGUGAUAAUCAACGAGAUCCUCUAAAAUGUUACCAAUUGACUCGACUCCCUUUUGGAUUAAACUGCUCUCCUUUUAUUGCAACACGUGUUUUAAAGUAUAUUGCAGAAAACAACUCAGAUGCAUCACUCGCAUCACAAACUCUUUUAUGCUCCACUUAUGUCGACGACCUUCUCAGCGGCGCAGACACACCAAAUGAGCUGGAGAUACUCUUUUCACAACUUUCUUCAUUGUUACAAAGGCAUAAUUUCUCUUUGCAUAAAAUACAUUCUAACAAUGUCGAAUUUGUAAAUCGACACAACCUAAAUCCACACUCUGAAGUGAAUUUAAAUUUGGAAAAUUCAUCUUCUAAAGUAUUAGGUAUUAAAUGGUCUUCGAAAGAAGACACAUUUUUUUUCUCUCCCCCGUGUAUGGAUUUUGAGCCACCACUCACGAAAAGAAAAAUAUUAAGUGUGAUUGCACGAUGUUUUGAUCCCUUGGGACUAAUCUCACCAUGUCUAUCAGCUGCAAAAUUAUUGUUGCAGAAGCUUUGGAUUGCAACUCUCUCAUGGGAUGAGCCUAUAAACGACUCUACUUUAAUGAAAGAGUGGGACAAAUGA